AUGAAAUAUGUCAAUCCAGUUUUUGAUGUUGAUUUUUAUGGAGAUUACCUUCAAAGUUUAGUACUUUAUUGUUUAACAAUCCUAGUCGUAGCACUUUGUUUUCUUUUUAUUAUUGGUGUUGUUUGGGUAUGUGCAUGUGUUACUCGCAAAAAAGAACAUGGAAGAACAAGCAAAAAAGCUAUGAAUUUAGCUAUCUUAUUAUUCUUUAUUGCUAUAGUAUGUUUUGGUCUUCUUGGAACAUCAUUAACAGGAAAUGAACUUAUUAAUAGAGGUAUUAGACAAUCAUCAUCAGGAAUGGCUAAUAUUAAUCGAAACUUUAAACAAGCAACUAAUAAUAUAAUUGAAAUAAAUUCAACAAAGGCAAUUGCUUAUCAAAAUGUUGAUCAUUUAAUAGCUUUAGUUCAUAAAAAAAUUAAUGAUAAACAUCUUUCUAAUGAUACUGAAAUUGAAAGAAUUGAUAAAUUGUUAACAAAUCUUUCUGAUGGAAUAGAACGAAUAACAGAAUUUUCAACAAAAUUGACUAAAACAUUAAAAAAUGUAAAAUUUUUAGAAAAAGUUAAAUUAUAUGGUGAUAGAAUUGAAUUUGAGCGAAUAAUAUCAUUUUGUAGAAAGUCAAAGAAAGGAGCUGUUGCUUUCAGUGCAAUGGGAAUUAUAAUAUUUUUACUUACAUUUAUUCUUCUUUCAAUUGUUUUCCCAGCUACAAUUGCAUAUGCUGAUUUUUGUUUAGAUGGUAAUGCUUAUAUUAAUGAACAUGUUACAUCAGACAUGAUAUCAGCUAUCAAUUUUUAUUCAAAAUGUGAAAAAGAACCUGAAAAAGGAAAUUAUCCAAAAGUUUUUGAAUUAGAUAAAAUAACAGAAGUAAUUGAUAAAUUACGUGAUUCACAAUUUAAUUUAUUUACAAUACUUUCAAAUAAUUUUCCUGAUGAUAUUGAAAUUGAAGAAAAAGGAAAAUUAAUUAAUAAUGAUUUUAGUUCUAUUGUACAAAAUGUCGGUAGUCUUGAAACUUCUCUUUCAUGUCAUACAUUUUCAAAUAGUGUUGCUGAUUUGAAACAAGGUUUUUGUGAGGAUGGAUUAUUUGGUUCAUUUAUACUAUUAUUUGGACUAGUAUUAUUAUCUAUAAUGCUUUGGAUAUUAUUAUUAGUUAUAUCUAAAUCAUGGAAUAUAUUUUCUAGACUUGGAACAGAUUAUGUUGAAGUUGAUGAAGAUGAUCCAUUUUUUCCCCGUACAAAUGACAAUAUUCCCGUAGAUAUAUAUGGUACACAUGUUUUUAAUCCUCGUACAAGAUUUGCUAAUUCAAUGGAUCAUGAAGAACCAAGUACAGGAACAACAACAGCAACAGGAAAUGUCCCAAUAAAUGGUGGUAAUGCCACAACUCCACUUUUAGAUGGAACAGAAAGAGCAAAUGCGCACUGGCAACGAAAUUUAACUACAACAUCAAGUCUUUUAGCAUCAGCUCCACCUGCAACAAUAGGUAGAGACACUUCAAGUCAUGCUCGUGUUACUAAUUAUUCUAAUAAUGAUGCAACGUAUCAUCAAUAUGAUAAAUACCAAGAACAAUUUGAUGUUUAA